CAAACACAGAUCACAAUCGAAUACAGUGGCUGUUGUCAGAGGAAGACGAAGAGUUUAGAGAUCCCAAGAAGCAACAUGGGAACUGCAUCAGAGAUUGUAGCUAAACUGAAACUGAAUCCCCACCCUGAAGGUGGCUUUUAUUUCGAAACUUUCAGAGACACUUCCAUUGCCCUGCCUUUGUGUCAGCUUCCCCCAGACUACAAGGUUGAGCGCCCUGUGAGUUCAUCUAUCUACUUCUUGCUGCCGUCUGGGAGUGUAUCUCGCCUUCAUCGUAUACCAAUGGCAGAAACCUGGCAUUUUUAUGUCGGAGAACCCAUUACGGUUGUGGAGUUGGGGGAAGACGGGAAAGUCAAGUUAACCUGCCUCGGACCCAAUUUGGGAGAGGAUCAGCAACCCCAGUACACAGUGCCUCCAAAUGUGUGGUUUGGUUCCUUCCCAACAAAGGACUACAGCAUUUCACCAGAAGGGGCAUUGCUCAAAGCUGCUCCAAGGGAUGCCGAGACUCACUACUCUCUCGUGGGAUGUACUUGUGCACCUGCCUUUCAGUUCCAGGAUUUCGAGUUGGCAAAACGCUCCGAUCUUCUUCCCCUUUUUCCUGGUUACGAGGCUCUCAUAACGCUGCUUACUUUCCCUGAAGAAGCAUAGGUAUUUGCUGCUGUAAUGUUAUGAUCGUAUUAGCUCAAUGUUCAUUCUGAGUUUUUUCAUGUUUAUGGAUUCGAAGCGACCGAAUGUUUGAACAUCGUGUCACAUACUUAUAUGUUAAUGUAAGAUAAAUAAGUGCAGAAUAAGUGAAUCACGAUACCAAAUUAACUACUAA